AUGGGCUGUGAUCCUAAGAAGACAGAGCACUUACUUUCGCUUGAGGGUGCUAAAGAGAGACUUCACUUGUUCAAAGCAAACCUACUUGAAGAAGGUUCCUUCGAUGCUGCUAUUGAUGGCUGUGUAGGGGUCUUUCACACCACAUCUCCUUUCUUCAUGGAUGUGUUUACCAAUUUCUUCCUCGAUCAAAAUCGACAAAGAUUUCGGGAAACAAUGCCAACAACAAAAAUAAGGGCGAAUAAGGCCAUGUCUCCACAAGACGGAUCUGUUAUUUUAGAACUUCACCGGAAGAGAAAUGGCAGUCGAGUCAAGCAUGAAAUUGGUGAUAAGAAAGAUGAAGAAUGGAAGAGAUUCUUCCAUCAAUCUUCAACGAUCGAUCUAUCGCUUCCCGAAGUACAUAUUGGUCUUUAUGGACUCUUUAGAAGGAAGUGUUUUAGAUAUUGUUCUUUUAAGUGUAAUAAUAUGAGUUAUACAGAAAUGAUUGAUCCUGCGUUGAAAAGAGCAGUGUUGACAUCCUCGAUUGCUGCAGUUGUACAAAAUGGUAGGCCUCGAACUCCUGAACUGGUAGUUGAUGAGACUCGGUUUUCUGAUCCAGAAUUAUGCAACCAACAUAAGCUGUGGUACUUGCUAUCAAAGACUUUAGCUGAGAUCGAUGCUGCCCGGAAGUUUGUUAAAGAAAAGGGUAUCGAUAUGGUUGCAAUAAAUCCAGCCAUGGUUAUCGGUCCUCUGUUGCAGCCAUCACUCAAUUCUAGUGCUGCUGAAAUAUUGAACCUAAUAAAUGGUUCAGAAACAUUUCAAAAUUCUACGUUUGGAUGGGUUAACGUAAAAGAUGUUGCCAACGCGCAUGUUCAAGCAAUUGAAAUUCCUUCUGCUAAUGGAAGAUAUUUCGUUGUUGAGAGUGUUGUACACUACUCUGAAAUUGUGAAGAUACUAACCCUUUUUAGUUUGUCAGAAAAGUGCGCGGAUGACUAUCCAUAUUCACCAACUUACCAGAUAUCCAGUGAAAAAGCAAAUAGCUUGGGCAUUGACUACAUUCCCUUCAAGGAGAGCAUCAAGGAAACCAUUGAAAGCUUGAAGGAGAGGAAACUUUUCAGCUGUUGAGUCGUGGCAGCAGCUAUCAGAAACUUAUAUCAGUGAAAUAAAAUGGAUGUGUGACACAGGUUGUACUUGUGCCGUUCAUGUGUCUCAGCUUUUUGAGUUGUAAUGUUUACCCAAAUAUUGCGGAACCUUCUUUUGAACGUGCUCUCUAUUAAGAAUAUUGGAACUAGAUGUUGAAAAGUAAGCUUGAUAUAUAAAAACGUGUUGGGGGAACUAUUGGUUUGGAGGUGAUAAGUUUCAAAGU